AUGAGCAGCUCUCAUUCAGACUUUAACAAACGCUGCGGUACCAAGCAUCCAUCGGAAGUCCCUCUGUCAGCCCUUAGACAUCCAGGAGGAACCAGGAAGUCCCUCCCUCAGUACAAAGACCACCAGGAGGAACCAGGAAGUCCCUCCCUCAGUCCAAAGACCACCAGGAGGAACCAGGAAGUGCCUCCCUCAGUCCAAAGACCACCAGGAAGUCCCCCCCCCCUCAGUCCAAAGACCACCAGGCGGAAGCAGGAAGUCCCCCCUCAGUCCAAAGACCACCAGGCGGAAGCAGGAAGUCCCUCCCCCUCAGUACAAAGACCUCCAGGAGGAACCAGGAAGUCCCUCCCUCAGUCCAAAGACCUCCAGGAGGAACCAGGAAGUCCCUCCCUCAGUCCAAAGACCUCCAGGAGGAACCAAGAAGUCCCUCCGUCAGCCCUAAGACCUCCAGGAGGAACCAGGAAGUGCCUCCCUCAGUCCAAAGACCACCAGAAAGUCCCUCCCCCCUCAGUCCAAAGACCUCCAGGAGGAACCAGGAAGUCCCCCCCUCAGUCCAAAGACCUCCAGGAGGAACCAGGAAGUCCCCCCCUCAGUCCAAAGACAUCCAGGAGGAACCAGGAAGUCCCCCCCUCAUGGUGA